GGGCUGAGCCCACAUCCUACAACAUAUUCUGAUUCCACGAGACUUAAAAUUAUCAAAAACAGAUCUCUUUCUCUUUCACUCUCUGCUCGAUCGUUUAAUCCGAAAGAAGAAGAAGAAGCUGAAGUGUUUAGUAGAUGGGGAAAGACGGGAAAGGUGGUGGGAAGGGUAAAGGGAAGCAAGCAAGUGCCAGUGAUGAAGCAGCCUCCAAGGGUAAAGGCAAAGCAGGAAAAGCCGCUGAUGGUCUCGGGACAUGCACCUAUGUUAAAGCAAGACACGUUUUGUGCGAAAAGCAAGGAAAGAUCAACGAGGCAUAUAAAAAGUUGCAGGAUGGUUGGUUGAGCAACGGCGACAAGGUUCCUCCUGCUGAGUUUGCUAAGAUUGCAGCAGAGUACUCGGAGUGCCCAUCAGGGAAAAAAGGAGGAGAUCUUGGAUGGUUUCCUCGGGGGAAAAUGGCAGGUCCAUUCCAAGAUGUCGCCUUCAACACACCUGUUGGAGUCACAAGUGCACCCUUUAAAUCUACGCACGGAUACCACAUUAUCUUGGCGGAGGGAAGGAAGAACUGACAGAUUCACAUCUGCUCUGCUCCACUCUACUCUUAUGGAAGUCUGUAAAAACACAGCCUUUGUUGUUCUGCCUUAAAAUGGUUUCUUACAAAUUGUUAACAAAUCUUCUGUUGUUUAAAAUAAUGAAUUUCUCAAGGUUAUGAUUGAUACAUUUCGGUGUUGAUUUAUGCAUAAGUGAGACAUCAGCUUUGAAA